AUGUAUCGAGUCCUGUGUUUACUCGUGACAUUGACUGUGGCCAGCGGCUUCUGCCACCACAAGCACAAAGGAUGGCAUCGCCACCACCUCUUCAGAGAUAACGAUGUAUUCGACGACGUCACCGAGCAGAUGAGCCGACUGAACCAAAUCCUCAAAUCCGCCUGCGACAACGAUCGCACGACGGAAAUUUUCGAGGCCGAGAAGUUUGUUAUAAACCAUCAACUGCCGGAGUAUAAGGUGGACUACAUCGACGUGGUGAUCAAGGGCAGAGUCAUACAGACCAUCGCCAAGAAGUCCGUCAACGACAGAGACCAGUUUAGGGACCUGAGGAUCCUACCGAUGAAUGCCGAUGUCGGCCGGGCGACGUGGAAUUACGUUAGUGACAGCGUCGUCAUCAUCAUCCCUUUCGUCGAAGAUAAAAAGCAGUUUUGCCCUAAAGAUGACGGAGAUAUUAAAUUAGUACCAAGAGAAAAAGUUUACGACAUAGACGUGCGUUUCGGGGAAGAAUUAGUGCAUUAA